GAGGAGAGCUAGUGAGUGCAGUUUGAGUUGUGCUUUGCGCUCAACGGCAGCCAGAGGUGUGUUCCGGCUCCACACUCUGUAUCUCUGCGUUGCAGAACCCCAGCAUGCAGCCAGCCUGAGUACCAUGUCAGCUGUGUUGGCAAAGGGUUACAGCUCAUCUGAAGGGAAGGUGGCAUCUUGCUUUGAGGAGGACAGAAGAUAAAAGAAGACUGACCAGUUGCAGAGAGAGGGGGGAUAUAACUGAAAGCCCCCCUCGCCUCACUAAACAGAGCAAAAACGGAAGGCUUUGGAGUAUUCAAUUUUUUCUUUCGUUUUAUAUUUUUCUUAUUCCUCAUCGCGGUGCUGGGAGGUGCUUCAUCUUUUCAUAUAGUCUCUCUCUCCGUCAUUUGCCUCCUCAUCUAUUUCUCCAUCUACCUGGUGUAUAAUUUCUUAUAUUUAUGAAUGAGAGAAAGGAGAAAGGAGGGAGGAGUUCUGUUUUAAUUUUUGUCCUUUUUUUCCUCCUCGCCACUCUUCCUUCCCUUUCGCCAAACCAUAUCAUUCCUGUCAGUCCCUCCUUGUCAUCUCAUGUCUAAAUGCUGUUUUCAGUUCAUCAUCCCCCAUCCUACGCCUCUUUAUGUCUCUAAAGUCUAAUGUUAUAUGAACUUGGAUGAAUUUUCUUCAAAGACAACUAAAAAACUCCUCAUGAAUGACUUUUUUUCCCCCUUUUCCUUCUCUUUUGGUCCCUCCACACCCAUUUUCUUUGCAUCACACUCUUGCGGGAUUCUUUAAUGUUACUCUAGAAAAGAGUUAAUUAGACUGAGGAGAAGAUCGAAGAGCGGAGAGCCGGCAAGCCGUUGAUCAUGACUGGCUAAAUUAAGCAAAGGCACAGAGUGAAAGAAAGCCAAAGAAGAAGGAAGGGAGGAAAGAAGACGAAGAUAAAGAAAAAGAAGAGGAGUACGCACACACACACACUGCUGCUCAUCUCCUCAUCUCCACGGCAACGGUGUUCACACAUUUGUAGACUUCUGGAAGGAGACCUCGGCGAAGCUGCACCACCAGCUUUGGAGGAGAAAGAAAGACAGUCGGAUGGAAAGAGGCGAAUGAAAGAUCGUCCCCUCACCACUCUCCAUUUGUCAUCUUUCUGUUAUCGAGGUCAACGCUGGCCUUUUAAGUUGAUGCACUGACACCGGCCCAGCUUCAACCCCUCUACGUUCCUCUUCCAGCCCGAAUCCACCUCAUCCCCCAAACUGUUAGACCCUUUACUCCAGUCUUCUGUGCGUGACUUCAUCUGCCUACCAUCCCUUCAUCCGAGGCUAUGAGAGGAGGAGUUGAAUCCCAGAUCACUCCAUCAUGCCAGUUCUGAAGAGUAGAGAGGAGAUCCGGGCUGGCAAUGUUCAAGGGACGGCAUUUACACUCCUCCACAAUGCUUGUCAGCCUCCACCCUUCUCCCUCUCAUCUUCAGGACAAGCGCUUGGUCUCCCCUUCUUCCUCCCACCAUCCUCCUCCUCUGGACCAGUCGUUCAAUCAUCCUUACUCUCGGCCUCGGCUGACCCUGCCCUUCCUCUCCUUGUCCUUCUCCCUGCUCAUCCUUUCCGUCCUUCUCCUGCCCGUUUGCGAGUCCCGCAGGGGUGGAGGUCAAGGAACGGGGCCUGGAGGUGCCCCGGGAGGUCAAGGGGGCCAGAGAGGAGGCAACACCCAGAGGGGCGUUGUCAUCCCUCCUCAGUACUCUCCCGGCUCACCGGCACUACCACCCAUCAAUCCCAAACUGAUCAACUCACUCAGCAUCGCCGUCAUCCUGGUGGGCAACUCUAGUGACGUGGCCCUGGGUGCUGGGCUCGAGAAAGAGGACUUCCUCCACAUCCCUUAUCCUCCCAAAGUCGAGGUGGUCACCAUGAACGAGACCGACCCGAAGAGCAUCAUCAAUCGGAUCUGUGGACAAAUGACAAGGAACUCGCUGCAAGGCGUAGUGUUUGGUGACGACACGGACCAGGAGGCCAUCGCUCAGAUCCUGGACUUCAUCUCUGCCCAGACACACAUCCCCAUCCUGGGCAUCAGGGGAGGCUCCUCCAUGGUGAUGGCAGCCAAGGACGACCACUCCAUGUUUUUCCAGUUUGGUCCAUCUAUCGAGCAGCAGGCCUCCGUCAUGUUGAACAUUAUGGAGGAAUACGAUUGGUACAUCUUCUCCAUAGUCACCACAUACUACCCCGGUUACCAGGACUUUGUCAACAAGGUCCGCAGCACCAUCGAGAACAGCUUUGUAGGCUGGGAGCUAGAAGAAGUCCUCCUACUGGACAUGUCAGUGGAUGACGGAGACUCCAAGAUCCAGAACCAGCUGAAGAAACUGCAGAGUCCUGUCAUCCUCCUCUACUGCACAAAGGAGGAGGCCAGCACUAUUUUCGAGGUGGCUCAUUCUGUGGGCCUCACAGGUUACGGCUUCACCUGGAUUGUGCCGUCGUUGGUGGCUGGUGAUGCAGACCACGUUCCCUCUGUCUUCCCUACAGGGCUUAUCUCUGUGUCAUAUGACGAAUGGGACUAUAACAUCGAGGCCAGGGUACGUGAUGCAGUGGCUGUCAUCGCCACGGCAACCUCCACCAUGAUGUUGGACCGGGGGCCACACACCCUGCUGAAGUCGAGCUGCCUCGGGACGCCUGACAAAAAGAGCUCCAGCACCGGCCACUCCAAGGAAAUACUGAAGUACCUCAUGAAUGUGACAUUUGAAGGUCGAAACCUGUCAUUUAGUGAUGAAGGCCACCAGAUGUUCCCUAAGCUGGUCAUCAUUCUGCUGGACAAAGACAGACAAUGGGACAGGGUUGGCAAGUGGGAGAGAGGCUCUUUGACGAUGAGGUACCACGUGUGGCCUCGAUUCGAGCUGUAUUCGGCGGCGGAGGAGCGGGAAGACCAUCUGUCCAUCGUGACUCUGGAGGAGGCGCCAUUUGUCAUUGUGGAGGACGUGGACCCGCUCAGUGGUACCUGCAUGAGGAACACCGUGCCGUGCCGCAAACAGCUCAAACUCACCAACCAAACAGGUGAUUCAGGGAUUUACAUCAAGCGCUGCUGCAAAGGUUUCUGUAUCGACAUCUUGAAGAAGAUCGCCAAGACAGUCAAAUUCACAUACGACCUGUACCUGGUCACCAACGGUAAACAUGGCAAAAAAGUUAACGGGACGUGGAAUGGUAUGGUCGGAGAGGUGGUGUUGAAGAAUGCCCACAUGGCAGUGGGUUCGCUCACCAUCAACGAGGAGAGGUCGGAGGUCAUCGACUUCUCCGUGCCGUUCAUCGAGACGGGCAUCAGUGUCAUGGUCUCCCGUAGCAACGGAACCGUCUCCCCCUCCGCCUUUCUAGAGCCCUUCAGUGCUGACGUCUGGGUGAUGAUGUUUGUGAUGCUGCUGAUCGUGUCCGCUGUGGCUGUGUUUGUGUUUGAGUACUUCAGCCCGGUGGGUUACAAUCGCUGUCUGGCAGAUGGAAGAGAGCCCGGCGGUCCCUCCUUCACCAUCGGUAAGGCCGUCUGGCUGCUUUGGGGUCUGGUUUUCAACAACUCCGUCCCUGUGCAGAAUCCCAAAGGUACCACCAGUAAGAUCAUGGUGUCAGUGUGGGCCUUCUUUGCUGUCAUCUUCCUGGCCUCCUACACUGCCAACCUGGCUGCCUUCAUGAUCCAGGAGGAGUAUGUCGACCAGGUGUCGGGGCUGUCAGACAAAAAGUUCCAGAAGCCGAACGAAUUCUCGCCGCCCUUCCGGUUUGGCACAGUGCCCAAUGGGAGUACAGAGCGCAACAUCCGCAACAACUACCGGGACAUGCAUGCCUACAUGACCAGCUUCCACCAGAAGAAUGUAGAUGAGGCCUUGUACAGUCUGAAGACUGGCAAACUGGAUGCCUUCAUCUACGACGCUGCUGUGUUGAACUACAUGGCCGGCAGAGACGAGGGCUGUAAGCUGGUCACCAUCGGGAGCGGCAAAGUGUUCGCCUCCACCGGUUAUGGCAUUGCCAUCCAGAAAGACUCUGGCUGGAAACGAGCUGUGGAUCUGGCCAUCCUCAUGCUGUUUGGAGAUGGUGAGAUGGAGGAGUUGGAGGCCCUGUGGCUGACAGGCAUCUGCCACAAUGAGAAGAAUGAGGUGAUGAGCAGCCAGCUGGACGUGGACAACAUGGCGGGGGUGUUCUACAUGCUCGGGGCCGCCAUGGUUCUGUCACUCAUCACCUUCAUCUGCGAACAUUUGUUCUACUGGCAACUGCGCUUCUGCUUCAUGGGCGUGUGCUCUGGAAAGCCCGGGCUCACCUUCUCCAUUAGCAGAGGUAUCUACAGCUGCAUCCACGGGGUACAAAUCGAGGAAAACAAGUCAACUAUAGACUCACCCUCAUCCACCAUGAAGAAGAACAUGAACAACACCCAUUCGAACAUCCUGCGGUUGCUACGCACCGCCAAGGACAUGACCGCUGUCCCUGGCAUUAACGGCUCUCCACACGCUGCUCUGGAGUACAGCCACAGCAGCCGGCCAGAGUCGGCCAUCUAUGACAUCCAGGAGCACCGUCGCAGCCUGGUGGGUCACCCUGUAGACUGCAAGUCUGCGCCGCCGUACAUGCCAGAGGACAACAUGUUCAGUGACUACAUCAGCGAGGUGGAGAGGACUUUUGGCAACUUGCCCCUGAAGGACAGCAACCUGUACCAGGACCAUUACCGGCACCACCACCCGGCCUCGGCUCUGGGUAUGUCCGGCCCCCCGCCAAAUAGGCCGCGUAGCUUAGGCAGCGCUAGCUCGUUGGAGGGGGGCAUGUUUGAUUGCGACAGUUUAGGGGGAGGAGUAGCUCCCAUCUUCACCACCCAGCCCCGCCCCUCCAUGACUCACAGGAACACAAGUAAAUUUGACCUGAUCGCUGGACACACCCCUACGGAGUCCAACCAGGGUGGGUUCAAGGGAAGCAAUGUGUACGGCAGAUUUUCUUUCAAAGGAGGCGCAUCCAGCACGGGGCUCAUCGGGGGGCAUGACAGGUACUGUGGUGGGGGUGGGGGUGGCUCGGGAGGUGACGAUGGGAACAUUCGCUCUGAUGUAUCGGAUAUCUCCACGCACACUGUCACCUACGGCAACCUGGAGGGCAACAACAAGCGACGUAAGCAGUACAGGGACAGCCUGAAAAAAAGGCCGGCAUCUGCCAAGUGCAGACGGGAGCAGGACGAGAUAGAGCUGAGUGGCUUCAGGAGGAGACCCCACCACCACACCGUCCAUCACCACUUCCCCCACGGACCCCUGGCACACCGCACGGUCUCACCUCCCCUGGAGCGGAAGAGGGGAGGAGGAGGGGGUAAUUCUUCACCUUAUUUAUUCCGCAAAGACAAAGAGAACCUGAGGGAUUUCUAUGCGGACCAGUUUCGCUCCAAGGAGGGCAAGGCCAAGUGGGAGCAAGAGGGUGGAAGUGGAGGAAGCGGUGUGGGCGGUGGUAGCGGUGGUGGUAUCUGUAAAAGCUUAGUACCUGUGGAAGACUUCCUCAAAGGUAAAGGAAAGAAACCAGAGUGUAAAAGUGGGCUUGGGACAGUAUCAGCAGGGCAGCAGGCCCAUACCUGCUGGGAAAAGGGGGGUUCUGGGAUUGGAGGGGGAGGCAUAGCAGGGGGUGACUGGGAGUGUCGUAACUGCCACAGUGUGUGUCACCAUAGCGGAGGUGUAGGAGGAGGUACAUGUCCAGCUAGCGGUGUCGGGGGGAGCAGCAGCCGCCCUAGCUCGGCUUCAUGCAAACGCUGUGACUCCUGUAAGAUGCAGCCAAGCAACCUUUACAACAUCAGCGAGGAUAAUAACAUGGUGUUCACAGGAGGGAAGAGUAGCGUAGGACCCAGUCAGACACAAACUCAGACACAUCGCAGGAAGCUAGGGCCGGGUGGGAGGGUGUUACGGAGGCAGCACUCAUAUGACACAUUUGUGGACCUGCAGAGGGAGGGAGCAGGCCGCAUGGGAGGGGUAGGUGGGGGCGCUGGGGGGCAGUUUGCCCAGCCCCGAAGUGUUAGCUUGAAAGAGAAAGACCGAUAUAUGGAGGGCCCCAGCCCUUACGCUCACAUGUUUGAGAGGUAUUCAGGUGACAGAGAUUCUCCCAUGUUUGGAGGAAUAGGCGGGGAUAGGGUGAAAGGAGGCUCCUCCUUCAGUUUGUUCCGUGGAGGCGAAGGUGGGUUGCACCGGCGGUCGGUGGGGGAGAGAGACCUGAGGGACAGAGAUAGAGCUAUGAUGGGAGGUGGGGGCUGUGGUGGUGGUGGUGGUGGUGGUAGCAGAGGGGCCGGGACUUACUCCUUGUCUAAAUCUCUCUACCCAGAUAAGGUGAACCAGAACCCCUUCAUCCCAACCUUCGGCGACGACCAGUGUCUAUUACACGGUGCCAAACCGUACUACAUCAAAAAGCCACAGACGCAGCAACAGCAGCAGCAGCAGCAGCAACUUCUCAACAACAGCCGAGGAGGAGGGGACUUCCGCGGCUCCAUGGGAGCAACUUCCUAUUUACCCGCGUCCGCCACCGCUGGGGUGAUGUCCAAUGUGGCCCCCAGGUUCCCCAAAGAGCUGUGUCUGGGCGGGGUGGGAGGGCCCAUGGGGAACCACCACGGGGGCAACAAGCUACUGCCUGGGGGCAGGGACACAUUAGGUUUGGGGCAGGGACAGAGACCCUUCAACGGUGCCAGCAAUGGACACGUUUACGAAAAGCUCUCCAGCAUUGAGUCAGAUGUCUGAGUGUGAAGAUGGAGGAAGAAAGAAAGACAGAGAAGAUGAAGUGAACAAAGGAAAUGAGGAAAGGAGGAUAAAGGAGAAACAGCACAGCCUGAUGACCUCUCUGCGUGAAGGGAAUGAGGAGACACGAUAGUGUGUGUGUUGUUCUCAACUCCACUAAAUGGAAAGAAUUUGGACAAUGCACAGAGGCCACUGCCGGCUAAGCUGUGGCGAAGUCCGACGGGAGACAAGUUUUUAAUGAGAAGAGAGGAUUCUGGUGCUGCUUCGACGCUCAGAGAGGGAUCUGAAAGGAGGGAGGGAGGGAGGAAGGGAGGGGAAAAGUGAAAUCAAAUCUCCAGUCUCUGCUCUUCACAUACUCAUUGUCUUUUCCUCCCUCCUGCAGCUCCUCAACACCAAAACAAACAUUUUGUUUAGCAACGGAAAUACAAUCAUGAAUGAGAAAUCAACACUUCUGUUGAAGUAACAGGGUAAACUAAUAAUAAUUGUAUCGAUAAUGUUAAUAAUAUUAUUGAAUAUUAUUCCAGUGUUUAAUGAUGAUCGGUUUGGAUUGUUUUUACAUUUUAUUUAUUUGAAUAUUUCAUGUUGCAUAUUUGUAUGAUGUUGAUUCUUUCUUAGCUUACCAACAUUACAGGAGACUGGUAGAUUGGCUGUCAGUUCAGAUCUUUUUUUGGGUUCCUGUAAUUUGGACUCUUCUUUGCUAUUAAUUCUUCAUGUUUGAUUUUUUUUUACUUUUCUUACUUUUGAUUGCUGUGAAGUGUAUGUGAAAGGCAUGACUUGCUGAGUACGUUGUAUGUACUUAGAAUUUUGCGAAGGUCUUUUUCAGCUGCAGAAGCAACAUCAUCAUACUGAUUUGCCAUUUUCCUCUCGUUUCUUUCUGCUUGGCAGUACCAAAUGGGUCUCACAUUUUCAGCUGGAUGUGCCUUAAUGGACUAAUACUGAUUUUCUAUCUGUCUUCUGUUGAUAGACAGGUCCACCUGCAAACAAUUAAUCAAUCGGUUUGAGAAUGAAAAUACAAAUAAAGUCUGAUAUGAGGGUAGAGCUUUAGGCGUUUAGACCUGCAGUAGAGGAAGCUUAAAUUUCUACUUGAAUCCCAAACCAAUAAAAGUACACAGUGAACAUUUCUGCUUGUACUAUUAAGUCCACAGUUAUUCUAACUACAAGUCAGUCCUUUAAAUCAUUUACCAAGAUGCGCCACAAAUUUUAUCACUUCUAACCUUCUCAUAACUGAUGACCCAGAAACCAACUAUAUCCAUUAAAUAGAUGUAAAUCGCACUUAAUGUGCGCUUGUUGCUCUCAUGGCGUUUCAUUGGGUCUGGCCCAAUUGGCCGUGACAGUUUUGCUGUUCAAGACAGAGUCAUAAUGGACUCUUAGAGAGAGAGACCUCUGUUGCUGGGAUGAGCAGUUAAUUUUCUCAUGAUUACUGUUACAAGCCCUGCCUGCCGUAUUAGGUGAUCACAUUUGAGCGAUGGGAGGAGUACAAGGGUUUAGUACUGGAUUGUAGUGCAGGUGUAAAGGACCUCAGCAGGCUCAUAAAUUUAACUAUUUGAGUACACAAUCCCAAAUCAUGGUCUCAUAACUUUGUUUUUAGCUUGGAUGUGGGAUAAACACUAUAAAAACAUAUUGAAUAGCGUCUCCCCUGCAAUUUAAAGGAAGAGUCUUUAAUUUUUUAAUCUUGCAGAGAACACUAAUAACACUUUUAUGUUUGAACCUUAAAUAUGAAUCUAUCCAUAAGCUUAUCUGAGCAUAAAGAGAUUUAAAAAAAAAAAAAAAAAGCUGCUAUUGAGGCUUUGUCUGAAGACAAAAAUCUCACCGAGCAGCAGCUCUAAACCUCUGUAAUACACAGGUCAUAUUUUACUUGCUUAAUUUGCACACAGUCUAAGGAUAGAAACAUGAGAGAGGUUGUACACUGCCCACAAAACCACAACUUCUGUUUUUAUAGAUUGAACAAAAAAGUGCAUUUCUGAGCUCUAAAGGUGCCAGCAGACAGAUUUCUUUACUUUCAGACAGAGGUAGGAUUGUUUGUUUAAUCCUUAUAAUUCGAAGUUAAGCUAAUUGACUGUAGCUUCAUAUUUAACAAACGGAUGUGAAAACACAGAUUUUUUCAUCGAAGGCCACAUGUACCUGGGUAUUUUUUUUUUUCAAAUUUAGCUCUUUCUAUGUGUUUUGGGCUUUUGCACUCAUGCAAACACAGUUUCAGGUCACUGGAAACAGACCUUUUGGAAAACUCCUUCCAGAGUGAAGAUGUUCAAAGACAUCAGUCUCUGUCAGCAUCAUCACAAAUAAUCUCUGUGCAUACAAACAUGCAUUAAAACGCAUAUUACGUGACCAUUCACAUACACUGGGCAUGCAGGCACGAAGCAGGAGGUGGUAGAAAAUACUACGGAGAAAGAACAUAUUUCCGCAAAUGUGCAACAGCCACUAGCAUAGACAAAGAGGUAAGCAACGCCUGUAAUUCGUUAUGUUGGUUAACCACUGGUAGUCGAGGCAUUUCUAACCUUCCAGUCAUGUGAUAGGAGUGUAUUAAAUCAGGUAAUGGCACAUAGUGGCAGCUAAUAACCAAACAAAAAGCAAACACUGGGUGUCUGCAUUGUGGUUUCCAAAAGUCUUUAUUUCUGCCCAUCCAGCCUGAACUGCAACCUUGGAGUUUUAAAACCAAAAGGGGGUCAGCAGUGUCACCCAGAGUCUCCAUUUUAGCAGUACAACACACCAGAGCAGUGUGGAUAAUAGAGAUAUAAACGACCGUUCAAAAGUUUGGGGUCACUUAGAAAUGUCUUAAUUUUUGAAAGAAAAGCAUUUUUUUUCCAAUGAAGAUAACAUUAAAUGAAUCAGAAAUACAGUCUAGACGUUAAUGUGGUAAAUGACUAUUCUAGCUGGAAACAGCAGAUUUUUAAUGGAAUAUCUACAUAGAGGUACAGAGGAACAUUCCCAGCAACCAUCACUCCUGUGUUCUAAUGCUACAUUGUGUUAGCUAAUGGUGUUGAAAGACUAAUUGAUGAUUACAAACCCUGAUUAGACCAUUGUGCAAUUAUGUUAGCACAUGAAUAAAAGUGUGAGUUUCCAUGUAAAACAUGAAAUUGUCUGGGUGACCGCAAACUUUUGAACGGUAGUGUAUAUAGUAGUGUUUUAAAAUGAAAACAGUUUAGCGUAGAUGUAGCCGAAGACUUCUGAUUUGUCAAAGCGUAGUUUGUUGGCAUGAGGUGAUUUUGUGCAGUGGCAGACAAACCAGAAUUAGUGGUGAUGCUAACCUUGCUAAUAAGACUUUUACACAUAAAUGUAGUUAUUUUUCCACUAUGCUGAGGAACAGAGGCGGCACAAUCAGUCCACAUACAUGAUGUCUUCCUUCCUACAUGCACCGCUGUUGGUAGGCCACCAGAACCACUCAUCACUUUUUUCCAGGAUUCCAAUUGGCCAGCAAGGCUUUGGGGUUCGGGCUAUGUCGGCACACAGCAGUGUUUCAAUUUUUGCUUUUUCAUGUGAACUGAAUAUUUGGGGUUUUUCUGAGAUCGAAGGAAGCAAAAAUAUCCCUGUACAUGUGGAUUAGAUCAGCUCUCAGCAAGAAAGUGUUUCCCACGUUUUCCUGUAUUAUCUCAGAGAGAACCUGGAUAUACAGUAAUACAGUAAAUCUACCCGAUUCUCCUCCCACUCAUCAGUGCUCAAACUCACAUUUUUCAUUGCAUGGAACAUACAAAAUAAUUUCCUUGUGUACUGCAACCUUGACUUGUCCCUCCACAGUGGGCCAUAAUCUGUUUCACAUGCUGAGAUUUUGAUGAAGGGAAGAUUUUGCCCUCAAGUCCAAAGUCCCGUUUGGAUUGUGUCGACUGCAGACUUUUUUGGAGAAAAAGAACAAAGGGGAGAAAUUGUGCUUAAAGCCAAUGGUACAUUUUGUGAAAAGCCUUUUGCUAUUGAUGGAUUUGUAGGUAUUUAUCUCAAACGACAGCUCCCAAAUCCACAGCAGGUCAUCUCUGCUCUAAAGAUAAAAACUAAAUUGUGUUUUGUUUAAUUUCCAGCGCGCUCUAUCAUUAAAAUAUUAGAAUUUCCUAUUUAAGACAACUUCUUUCCAUUUUCAGUCACUUAAACCUGACUUUUAGUCAUUUUGCCAAACCAAAUUUUAAUACCUAAGCACAAGCCAACUGAAUGGAGCUAAUAUUUACUUUGUUGUACAUCCCAGUCAAAACCUUAGAAGACUUUCCUUCUCUUGGUUGACAAGUCAGUAUGUAUGAUACUAGGGGGUCUCUAGUGUUUGUAAGGACUUGCAUGUCUACACUUAAUUUUUUUCUUUAUUUCUGUUUUUUAAAUCUUAACUUUUAGCCCAAAAAAAUGUGUGUUUUUGAACGAUAUUUGGAAUUUUAUCACUUUCACUGGUACUGAUGAUCCAUGUAGUACUGUAGGUGUGUGUGUGUGUGUGUGUGUGUGUGUGUGUGUUUGCUUGUUUGUGCAAGAGAAGACACCAAUCUAAGAGUCUAAAUUUUGGUUAUACUCAAUUAAAUAAGCCUAAUUUGAUUAAAAGUUUCACAGCUAGGCUAGAAAAUACUUUUCUUUUUUUUUUUAUUGUUGAUCUUAUACAAAGAUCAGUUUUCUUGAUAGUUUGUGUAGAUGCUUUUUUAGACAUGGCUGAGGUCUUGGUUAACACAUUCAUUGUCACUAAUGAAGCCUUUUCUUUUAUUUCAACUACUUAUCCUGUUUUUUUCCCCCUUUGAAUAUAUCUCAGUACGUUUCAUUAUUUCUGUUAUUGUAUGUGCCUGAAUACAUACGCUUGAUUACCUCUGUGUGUGCUCAUAUGGAAGAGAGACUGUGUGUGCGUGUGUGUGUGUGUGUGUGUGUGUGUGUGUGUGUGUGUGUGUGUGUGUGUGUGUGUGUGUGUGUGUGUGUGAGAGAGAGAGAGAGAGAGAUAUAACUGUUUAUUGUACAUGUACUAUAAAAAUUGUAUGUAAAUACUUUACCUCAUGCUCAUGGACUUUUGAUAAAAACUGUACAAAAUGGCAGAGAUUACAUCUAUUUGGGAUAAAUCUUUGAUUCGCAGGUCCCCUCGCAAAAUUGCUUUUGUAAUGACUUCAGGCCAGGAUAUGUGCAAUCAUUUAUUAUUACACACAUAGUGCACACAUUUAAUGAGUCACGGUUUGCAUUUUUUUUUCUUUUGAUUCUGAUUUGGUCGAAGACCGACUAAAGGAAGUUGUUUUUCUCAAGAGAGAAAUUGUGAAGCGCCAUCAUUAAUCGGUACCCAGAAAGCACAAUAGAUUAUCUAUUGCAUUUAUACAGAGGUAGUCUCUUUUCUCCUCUUUGGCUAAAUCUUCUGUUUUUUGUGUUUUUACCGCAGAAGAUCGAAACAACUCCAUCCCCGAGCUGUACAGACUGUGAAAAAUGUACAUACGACAAAAAUUUAGUUCACCCUUGCAUUUUUUGUAUGGAGAGAAAUUACUUGUGUGAAGAGAGUAUUUCAAAUUUGAUUGAAUAUUUAGUAAUAUUGAAAAUGAGAUUAAACACAGUCAAUGUGAAAAUAAGUGCUGAGAAAUAUUAUUCUUCUGUCUCUUUGGAAUAAAAGUGUUGAGUAUUAAUAAAAAAUAAGAAAUCCUA